AUGCGACUUUGCGAGGAUACCAACGAACGGAAGACAUUCAUGCAAAACUACGGCAUCCGUGUCAAUUAUCCAUUUUAUGAUUUGCCCAAUGUCGAGAUGGAAUUAAACUCCAAAACUAUUGAUGAACUUAAAGAAUACGAAACACAUGUUUGGAACGUGCAUUCGGAUGUAAUGCAUACUCAGCUGAUGGAAUUCGACGAUGAUAUAUGUGUUGGCUAUUGUGAUUGCAUCGGGAUGGGACAGCGUUUGAGAUUUCUAUGGGAUGAUAUGAUUAAAGCAAUCUCGAAUCUGAGGAAUAGAACUCAUGGCCAAGUUGUUCCGAACGAAACAAAAUAA